AUGAGUACGGCAAGAAGGCGAGCUUCUUCUCAAUCAGCAAGGCACAGAUCCCUACCUAAGAAGCCUGAUAUUGAAGAAAAGAAAUUGGAAAUCAAAAUUAAAACUCCACAAGAAAAGCAAGAACCACCGCAGCGGUUGAGGGAUGAACAGCAGCAGCGCCAACUACAGCAACAGCAGCAAGAACAACAACAGCAAGAGUCGCCAUUUAAGCAACUUGAUAAGUCUCUAAUAGAAAAUAUUUGGUAUCAUGGGAUAAUACCUCGGAAGGAGGUCGAAGACAUGUUAAAGAUCCACGGCGAUUAUUUGGUACGUAAAACGACAGUAGCAAGACAAGUCGCAUACUGUAUCUCUGUAAAGCAUUUCGCAGAGGCCAAACAUGUACCUAUAGGCUAUUCGAAUGGAAAUUGGACCUUAAAAAAUAUAACAAAACAUUCAUUGAAAGAGCUCGUAGACGAACUCGUACAAAAGGCCAUCCCAAUUCCUCCAUCCGGGGCUGUUUUACGCACUCCAAUCCCACGUCCGGACUAUUAUUUUUUACACGAAAGCAUCACAAUUCUCAAGAAACUAGGACAUGGAGAGUUUGGAGAAGUAAACUUAGGAAAGCUAAAACUAAAGACAGGAAAAGAGAUAGAAGUUGCCGUGAAAAUGCUCAAGAGCGCAAAAGUGAAGAAGUCGCAAUUAUCCGCGUUUUUUGAGGAAGCUAAACUAAUGCGCCGAUUUGACCAUCCGAACAUAGUACGGUUCUAUGGUGUAGCUCCGCAGGAAGAGCCGAUCAUGAUAAUAAUUGAAUUUGCGUCUGGUGGAUCAUUGAAGAGUUAUUGUAAGAACCAUACGGAUAUAUCUGUAGAAAAAUUAUUGCAAUUUGCUACAGACGGCGCUCGUGGAAUGUGCUAUCUAGCAGCGCAGAAGGUGAUUCAUCGAGACCUCGCUGCAAGAAACUGCCUACUAGGGAAGCAGGAUGAGCUAAAAAUAUCGGAUUUCGGACUUUCCAUUGCCGACAAAACUCAGAUGAAGAUGGACAAACUCAGGAACGUACCAAUCAAAUGGUUGGCUCCGGAGACAUUACGUCAGGGUGUAUUUUCAAGUAAGACGGAUGUAUGGAGCUAUGGGGUCCUACUCUGGGAAAUCUUCGCAAAGUGCAUCUCGGAUCCGUUCCCAGGCGAAACCAACCAAAAAGCAAAGGAACAUAUUCUCAAUGAUCCCCUUCCAAUGUACGCACCAGAAGGAAGCCCACCUGUUAUACAGUUGAUAAUGGAAGCAUGCUUCAACAAGGAUCCUGAUAAAAGAGCGACUUUUGUAUUAAUUCUCAAAGUCCUGUCACCAAAUGAAGAACCUCCUACAAAGCCUGUAGAAGCUUUCCAAACCUACUGAAAGCAAAUAUAUUACAGAUCUUCUCAGAAACAUUUAAC